AAACAAAAAUCAUAUAAAUAUAAAAACGUGAAUUUCCACUACACUAAAAAAAAACACAAAAAAAAAAGAAGGGAAAUCACAUAAAACGGACAAACAUGGCGUUGGGAAAAUCCAUUAAAAUGUACCUGACUAUCUUCGUAGCCACCACAUGCAUAUACAUGGUACUGUAUCAGUAUCACAUAUCACGACAACCAUUACCAUCACCCGACAUCACAAAGCAUAAAAGCACCAAUGAGUGGAAUGGUAGUUAUAUAACUGCAAAAUCAUUAAUUUCGACUAAAAAGACAAAUGCAAAUGGAUCAUUGUCAACAUCUACAUCAUCACCACCGAUCUCAUUACCAACAGCAACCUCAUCAUCCUUAAUAUUAUCAUUGCCGAGUAGAACAGUGAAGUUAUUUAAAAAAAUGCAUAUGUAUUUCUGGUCACCAAUGUCAUUAUUAACCUCAUCAUCAUCAUCAUCAUCAUCAUCAUCAUCAUCAUCGUCCUCACCAUCGUCGUCGUCAUCGUCAUCGUCAUCGUCAUCAUCAUUGUCAUCGUCGCAAUCGUCGCCAUCUACAGCAUCGUUAAAGGGUAGCAAACCCUCGGCGGCCAAUAGCGCUGCGUUCGGUCAUGAUAAUAAUUUACAAACUUCAAUUCAAGCAACGUCGUCACAGCUGCCGUUGACAGGCGAUUUAAAUAAUUCUCUUAUAAACACUUCGGCUUCAACGGAGUCUUUGAUAUCAACAAUUUCUAUAAUACCCACAAUCACCACAAGGGCUACUUUAACAGCUACCAAAAUAACAACGGCCAGAACAACAAUCACACCUAGCCGUAGCCAGAAUAAUUUAACAACAAACUUAAAUACGUUAUUAGCUGUAGAUAUAAAACAGAAUGCCAGCAAUAUUACAAAUACAACAAAAUCAUCAUCAUCAUCAACAACAACAAGAACAACAAGAACAACAACAAUAAGAACAAUAAGCAAUAAAAAUAUAACAAAUUUUACUCCAUUAAAACAACAACAACAACAACAACAACAACAGCAACAACAAAAUACAACUUCAUUUAACACGGACAGUCGCAAACAGAACAAAUCAGUGCCACCACCACUGUAUGUGAUCACCCCGACUUAUCGCCGUCCUGAACAACUGGCAGAAUUAACUCGUUUGGGUUAUACAUUAAAACAUGUAAUUAAUCUGCUAUGGCUGGUAAUAGAAGAUGCGCACAACACAUCGGAUAUAGUGGAAAAUACUCUGAACAGGAUUGGAGUGCCUUAUGAGUAUUACUUAGCACCUAUGCCAGACGAAUAUAGAAAGAGCAAAAAAGCUAAGCCACGCGGUGUUUCAAAUCGUAAUCGUGCUUUGCUCUGGCUAAGAGAAAAUGCUACAGACGGUGUCUUCUAUUUCGCUGACGAUGAUAAUACAUACGACAUCAAUAUUUUUGAACAAAUGCGUUAUACUAAAAAGGUUUCAAUGUGGCCGGUGGGUUUAGUAACAAAAUUAGGCGUCAGCAGUCCGAUCGUUAAGGGAGGCAACAUUGAGGGCUUUUAUGAUGGUUGGAUCGGUGGCCGAAAAUAUCCUGUGGAUAUGGCCGGUUUUGCAGUAAGUGUGAAAUUCUUACACGAACGACCGCAAGCGAAAAUGCCUUAUAAACCGGGCUACGAAGAAGAUGGUUUUCUAAAAAGUUUAGCACCUUUAGAUAAUGCCGACAUUCAAUUAUUAGCCAAUAAUUGCAGUGAGAUAUUGACAUGGCAUACACAGACGAAAAGCAAUCAUCCGGCCGAGAGUUUAAAUAUGACGAAAUAUGGUGGAACGAAUUUAGUUGAUUUAGAUAAACAGCUCGUACGACCUAUAAAAUAAUUUUUCAAAUUUGUUCUGUCAUUUCUUGCACUCUUUGAACACGUGUUUGUUACUUUAUUCUCUCUACUUUUAAGAUUAAGGUCAAAGUUCACAUAUUCCAAAGAUUAUCCAUUGAGUCAUCCUAUGCCAAAGUAAAUGUAUACCAAAUAUUUCCUUUCAAGUAAAAUGCAUUACCUUUGCAUCUGAAAACAAUUCAAAUGUGUGUGUGUGUGUAUGUGUGCGUAUUCCACAAAUUCAUUAUUUGCUAAUUUCCGCUAUUAACUUGAACUAAUUUUAUGCAGCGAAUUUUCUAACCAGAUCCUAACUAAAACACAUAAGGGUCGAAGGAAAUCGCAUUUGAUUGGCGACGCGGUGGUAAUGCAAAAGAACGAAUGUUCUUUUCCUUUUUUUUUUUUUGGGUUAAUUUAUUUAUUUAUUUAUUUUAUUUAUUUUGCAAGUAUUUGUAGCAGUAUUUGUUACAUAAAU